UCACGUCCCAUAAACUCAGAAGUUACUAUGGGAACACUGACUCACAAGAUGAGAAUUUAUGGGAGUUAAUUUACUGCGUAUAUGGAGCUUUUUGUGGUCAAGGUCGAGAAUCAAUCCCACGAUCUUGGCCUUGUCGCAUCGUGUACUUCACGUCCUAUGUAGUGGGUCUGGUGCUUGUCGCUGCCUACUCUGCUGCCUUGGUGUCCUUCCUGACGGUGCAGAGAGGCGAACUGCCCUUCAACAGCUUCCAGGGUUUGCUUGAAGACGGAACGUACAAACUUGGUGUCACAAAGGGCGCGGAAAUAUCUUACUUCAGUGAAUCAAGAAACGCUGUAAUGAGAGCGCUGUAUCUUAAACUAAUAGCAAGAAAGAAAGACCAUUUCCAUGACAACGCACUGCAAGGCUUUGUGCGUCUGUGUGCAGAAGAUAAGUAUGCACUCGUCACUUCAGACAUGUGGCUGAUGAGGCUUCGGAGCGGUGACGUACCGUGCAACAUUCAGAAGGUACCCCACACCACUCUCCCUGGCAGCGUAUCAAUGGCCCUCAAGAAAAGGAGUCCUUAUAAAAACCUGUUCAAUCACAACCUGAGACAUAUGUUGCUCAGUGGCGUGCUGCACAGACUACGUCAGCUCUACUGGCAAAGUGACGUGCCCAGAAUAAACAAAACGUCUUACGGCAUUACUUUCACAGCAAUGGCGCCAAUAUUCACGAUUCUUGCGUCUGGUAUUCUGAUCGCCAUUUUGAUCCUGCUGUUGGAGUGUGGCCUUCACACUUUAUUGCAAAAGCUACAGGGACAGGCAUACUAAUCGAUCGAAAAGUGUGUGGUAUUAAACGCACGGUAUCUAUUCCAGGCACAUAAUUCUGUAUAUUAUCAAAGUGUGUGCGUGUACAGCCAAAUGCGCACGUCUAAAAAUGUUCACAUUAUGUUAGGGAAUUUGUAGGAACGAAUGAGAAGGCUCGCAAGGUUCACCAGUAAGCGUUCUUAGACUCAGAAUUUUAACGAAUUUCCCAUGUACCUUCAACAUACAAUAUUUUCUUCACAGCAUAAUGGUUAGCGUGAUUGAACGUACUGAAUUCUUGUUAUUGUCUAAACGAUAUUUGCUUUGUUCUGUCCUUGCUUGUGUA